AUGUCAGAAACCAUUCUUGCAUCUGUUGCAAACUAUGGUACAUCCUUUUCUGUUUGGCGCGCACUUGAACAGAAGUUUGCUUCUCAAACCAAAGCCAGACAACUUCAGCUUAAGGGCCAAUUCUCACAUGUGCAUAAAGGAAAUCUUCCCAUCUCUGAUUUCAUUGACAAAGUGCAAUCGAUUGCUGACUCUCUGGCGAUUGCAGGAUCCCCUGUUGAUGAUCAAGAUUUAAUUCUUCAGAUUCUAAAUGGUCUCGGACCAGAGUUUGAUUCAGUGGUUUCAGGUAUAACAUCAAGAAGUGACAUCUUGACGGUCGAAGAUGUUCAAGCCCUUCUUCUAUCUCACGAAAGUAGGAUCGAACAUCAUCUUGCUAUGAAUGAUAUCACUGUCAAAAUGCAGGCAAACAUGGCUCUUGGCCAAGGCAGAUCCACAGGUGUUCGAUCAUUUGCCAACAACAAUUAG